UUUGCAAGCCGGUACGUCGAGGAAUCGCCGCGUAUCCUGAUUUAGGCCGGGAGAGCAACGUUACCACGUAGGCAGCGACCGCGUGGGGCUCCGCCGACCUGAAGAAGCUAAAGAGGUGACUAGGAGGCGACCACACCACUCGAUCGAGCGGCCUGAGCCAACGCGAAAGGCGCCGACCGAGCCACCAAAGCGGAACCACGUGCGUGGCACGCGGCCCGCAGCAGGGAACGACGACCGCAACUACCAAAGGGACCACGUGGGUGGUACCACAUCCAAGGCAGAAGGAGUGCCCAAGCGAGGGCAAUCACCAAGUAACACCACGCGCACGAGCUUCAAUCGAGAAGGCAAGUGAGCUGGCAAUUCCUAACCUAUUUACCUAAUCUCCCUACCAAAUUUAAUUGUAAUCGUUUAAUCUCCCUACCAAUUGUAAAUUGUAAUCGUUUGCUUAAUCAUGAGUAAUGAGACAGAAAAAUCCAAAAUAACUCUAGGGGAGUUAGAAAUUAAACAGUUAAAAUGUAAACGUGGUGUCUAUAAGCGAAAAUUAACUAUAUUUAAGAAAUUCAUAGAAAAUAUCGACACAAGCGCAUUGACGGCCGAAAUAAUUUUAGACGUAAGCUUAAGACUAGAUCAAUUACCAAAGUUAUACCAUGAUUUCUCUGAGACACAGGACCGGAUCGAGACACUGUGCAGCGAGGAAGGUGACAUCGAGGCCCAAGAGGCCGAACGUGAGUCUUUCGAGGACACAUUUUACCGACUUAGCGCUAAGGGCAAGCUGCUGGCGAAAGUAAAUACCGAAUCACCACCAAUUGACCAUAGUCCGCAAGCCCCGCAGCAGCAACCCCUCGGUGAGUCGAUAAAAUAUCCCGAAAUUAGCCUCCCUAGCUUUGAUGGAGACCUAACGCAGUGGCUGCAGUUUCGAGACACAUUUGAUGCUCUAGUCAAUCAAGCUAGCUUGGCACCGAUCGUAAAAUAUAAAUACCUACGCAGUUGUUUACGAGACGGUGCACUCGAGGUAAUUAGUUCGCUCGAUUUCUCCGAGGAAGGGUACACGCUCGCAUGGCAGAUGCUUUGUGAACGUUAUAACAAUCCUAAACGUUUAGUUUCCAACCACAUGCGAGCCUUGUUCGACGUGGAACCGGUACCGUCAACUCCUUCGGGUCUUAGAGGAUUUCAAAAACUUUCUAAAGAACCGAGCUGACCGGCUGGAAGCGACCAGCCCAGCAGUACCAUCGGACGCACCCAGCACUUCCAAGAAGGCCAUGGUAACCACGUCCGAACCUAUUAAGGUAACCUCAAAACAGUUUAAAUCCAACCAGUGCCCGUAUUGUUCGAGUACACAUUAUAUUAAUCAGUGUCCAAAGUUUAUUGCAUUAAACGUUAUCGCGCGAAUCCGAGCCGUGAAUAAAUUACGAUUAUGCUUUAAUUGUUUGUCCGGAACGCAUGUCUUAACAAACUGCAGGGCCAGUACAUGUCGAGUAUGUAAGGGCAAGCAUCAUGCGUUACUACACAAACCAAAUACCAACACUCAUGUAGGUAGUAACCCCAUACCAACGCGAUUACCAAUAUCAACAUUAAUCGACGAACAACCGAGUUCUAGUCAAAUCGAGACUACCUUGUCGAAUAACACUAUAAUCGAAAAACAAAUAAACAAUGCGCGAAAUAGAUCAGUUUUCCUCACAACAGCCCAAGUGCUCGUUAGGGAUAAGCAUAACAAUGUGCAUAAACUAAAAGCAUUUUUAGACAAUGGCUCCCAAGAAAAUUUCAUU